CAAAACUGAACAACAGCAUCAGUUCGGUUACAGCUCUCAGCUAAAAUGAGAGUAACAACCUUUGUGAUCCUGUGCUGCGCAUUGCAGCAGUAUGCAGCUGCAGAUGAAAAUGCAGUCUUAGAUGAAGAUAUAACUCGCUUUUUAGAGGGCAACAAUGACUUUCAAGAAACAACCGAAACGAAAUCCGAUGAAGUAAUAAAAAAAAAUGGCACAUUAGUCGAAAGGCAAAUAAUAAAGAAAAAAUUCGUAGAUAAAUCAGGACAUAAGCAUAACAGGUCAGGUGAAAGGAUUACUAAAACUUUUGUAAUGGAGUAUGAUGAUGAUGGCAAAGAAACUGUAUACGAGACUGAUGUUGUCGAAACCAACGUUGCGGGCUCGGAACGCGGCAGUUCAAACUCGGCAGCAUCAGCUUCGGCAGCUUCGUCAGCAUCUGGAUUUGGAAUUGAUUUAGGACGUAAUGCUGGCCUAAGUCGACCUAAUGGAUUGGGUGGUCAGACCUUGGUAAUCAACGAAGACAGAUCGGGAUCAUCGGCAUCUAGCUCAGCAGCCUCUUCUUCUGCAUCGUCAGCCUCUGGAUCCGGAAGCUCUGGAAGCGGACCGGGAUUCUAUGGAUACGGCAACAACGGUGCCGCCUCCAACGGUCGCGGAGGAAACCGCUUGAGUGACGGUAGUGCAGCAGCAGCCGCCGCAGCUGCCGCAGCUGCCGCAGCAGCAGCUGGUCGUUCUGGACAAAAUAGAAACGGUGGUCAGACCGUGGUGAUAAACGAAGGCGGAUCAGGAUCAUCUGCAUCUAGCUCAGCAGCCUCUUCUUCUGCAUCCGGAAGCUCUGGAAGCGGACCGGGAUUCUAUGGAUACGGCAACAACGGUGCCGCCUCCAAUGGUCGCGGAGGAAAUCGCUUGGAUGACGGUAGUGCAGCAGCAGCCGCCGCAGCCGCCGCAGCUGCCGCAGCAGCAGCUGGUCGUUCUGGGCAAAAUAGAAACGGUGGUCAGACCGUGGUGAUAAACGAAGGUGGAUCGGGAUCAUCAGCAUCUAGCUCAGCAGCCUCUUCUUCUGCAUCGUCAGCCUCUGGAUCCGGAAGCUCUGGAAGCGGACCGGGAUUCUAUGGAUACGGCAACAACGGUGCCGCCUCCAACGGUCGCGGUGGAAACCGCUUGAGUGACGGUAGUGCAGCAGCAGCCGCUGCAGCCGCCGCAGCUGCCUCAGCAGCAGCUGGUCGUUCUGGACAAAAUAGAAACGGUGGUCAGAACGUGGUGAUAAACGGUGGUGGAUCAGGAUCAUCUGCAUCUAGCUCAGCAGCCUCUUCUUCUGCAUCGUCAGCCUCUGGAUCCGGAAGCUCUGGAAGCGGACCGGCACUCUAUGGAUACGGCAACAACGGUGCCGCCUCCAAUGGUUUCGGAGGAUUGGGCGUGGGUGAUGGUAGUGCAGCAGCAGCCGCCGCAGCCUUAGCAGCAGCUUACAGUUCUGCAUUAAAUGAAGAAAAUGGUUACGGUGAUCAGACGAUUGUGAUCAACGAAGGCGGAUCGGGAUCAUCAGCAUCUAGCUCAGCAGCCUCUUCUUCUGCAUCGUCAGCCUCUGGAUCCGGAAGCUCUGGUAGCGGAUCGGGACUCUAUGAAUACGGCAACAACGGUGACGCCUCCGGCGGUUUCGGAGGAUACGGCGUGGGUGACGGUAGUGCAGCAACAGCCGCCGCAGCCUCAGUAGCAGCAUCAGAAGCAGCAGCUUACGGUUCUGCAAUAACUGAAGACAAUGGUUACGGUGGUCAGACCGUGGUGAUCAACGAAGGCGGAUCGGGAUCAUCAGCAUCUAGCUCAGCAGCCACUUCUUCUGCAUCGUCAGCCUCUGGAUCCGGUAGCUCUGGAAGCGGAUCGGGACUCUAUGGAUAUGGCAACAACGUUGCCGCCUCCAACGGUUUUGGAGGACUCGGCGUGGGUGAAGCUUACGCGCCUUACACUUUCCAAGGGGCUCCGUCUCCAUUGAUUAUUAUCAACGAAGGACGCUCAAGUGCAUCGUCAACUUCAACCAGCUCGUCCAGUGGAGGAGUAAUCGGAAGAGGACGUUCAGUAAUUCGUAGACCUUGUCGCCUUACUCGUAAGCAGUUUGUAGUCAAGAUUGGUCGCCGUGGCAGACCAUGCCCUACUUGUUAUUAGUAGUUUUGUAUUAAAUAAAAUUGGACACAUUCUUUAUGGAAAUCAGUAAUAUAUAUGUAUAUGAGCAUUUGAAAA